AAUUUAAUGAUUAAAGAUGAGAGAAGAAAAUUUUAGAAUUUUUAUUCUCAAGUUGUUUUAUUAAAAAAACUAAAGUGGAGAAGAGACAUGAAAAAAAAAAACUCUUUCUAUUGGUGCGGUCUGAACGAAAAAUUCCGAUUUUAUCAAUGAUUUAAAUAAAAUUUUUUAAAUAAAUUAAUGAUAUUUUAUAAUUUUUUGAAUUUGAGUUAAUAAAAAGGGUUUAAAUAUGAAGAAGCAUCACCGCAAUCUGCGAACGAUUAUGCGAAAACUGUUAGAAGUUAAAACCUUUCCUGACUUUGAUAAACCCCUUCUUUCAAAAAGAACAAAUUCUUUCACUAUUUUCUUUGAAAUCUUCAACCAUCAAAGGUAGAGCCUUCAAUAAACAAUCCCCAAAACAAUAUUGUUCAAUACGGAAAACCCUGAAACAUUAUAGUUUUAGUAAAAGCAAGAGCAGAGAAAACAAUGGAUGAAGGCAACAAAAACAGCAUAGGAAACAAUGUGGCCAGAGCCAUUGUUGCUGCUCUUGAUUGGAACUCCACUCCCGAUGCUCGCAAAGCCGCCGUUUCUUACCUUGAAUCGAUUAAAGCAGGAGAUAUACGGGUUUUGGCAAACACAUCAUUCCGUUUAGUGAAAAAAGAUUGGUCUUCAGAGAUUCUCUUACAUGCAUUUAAAAUGCUACAGCACUUGGUUCGGUUUCGGUGGGAGGAAGUUGGUCCUUUAGAACAUAGAAACUUUGCAAAUGCUACUUUCGAGUUAAUGUCUGAAAUUGCAGACACUUGUGAGGAAUGGGCUUUGAAAAGUCAAACUGCUGCACUUGUUGCUGAGAUUGUUAGAAGAGAAUUUCUAAAUCUUUGGCAGGAGCUGCUUCCCUCUCUUGUUUCCCUAUCCAGCAAAGGCCCUGUACAAGCUGAAUUGGUCUCCAUGAUGAUGAGAUGGUUACCUGAAGAUAUUACAGUCCACAAUGAAGAUUUGGAAGGUGAUCGGCGUAGGUUACUGUUCCGUGGGCUUACUCAAUCUUUGCCAGAAAUUUUUCCACUACUGUAUACGUUACUGGAAAGGCAUUUUGGAGCUGCAAUGUCUGAGGUGGGUAGACAACAACUUGAUAUUGCAAAACAGCAUGCAGCUGCUGUAACAACUACUUUAAAUGCUGUUAAUGCCUAUGCUGAAUGGGCUCCUUUGUCCGAUCUUUCUAAGUAUGGCAUCAUUCACGGGUGCGGUUUUCUACUUUCUUCUCCCGAUUUUCAGCUUCAUGCUUGUGAGUUUUUCAAACUUGUCUCUCCAAGAAAGAGACCUGUGUAUGACUCUGCUUCUGACUUCGAUUCCGCAAUGAGUAGCAUCAUUCAAAUCUUGAUGAACGUAUCCCGAGAAUUUUUGGUCAGAUCUAGCCCAGCUGGUGGGGCUAUAGAUGAAAGUGACUACGAGUUUGUGGAAUAUGUAUGUGAAAGUAUGGUGUCUUUGGGUUCCUCAAAUUUGCAAUGUAUUGUUGGAGAUAGCACUACAUUCUCACUCUAUUUACAGCAGGUCUUGGGUUUUUUUCAACAUUUUAAGCUAGCUCUUCAUUACCAAUCCCUGCAAUUUUGGUUGGUGCUGUUGAGGGAUGCAAUGUCAAAGCCAAAGCUUUCAGUACAUUCAUCUGGAGAUGGGUUGACUGCUACCAAUGUGGACUCUACUUUGGCUCAGGUUGAUGAAGAAAAGAGAAAGAUUUUAAGUUUUCUGAAUGACGAUAUUUGUAGUACAAUUCUCGAUAUAUCUUUCCAACGCAUGCUUAAGAAAGAAAAGCUCAUGACUGAAACAGCCCUUUCUCCGGGGAUUUUGGAAUUGUGGAGUGAUGAUUUUGAAGGCAAGGGUGAUUUUGGCCAGUACCGUUCUAGGCUGUUUGAGUUAAUCAAGUUUAUUGCUUCAAACAAGCCUCUUGUGGCUGGUGCUAAAGUUUCUGAGAGAAUUAUUAUGAUCAUUAAGAGCCUCUUGAAUUCUCCGAUGCCAUCUCAGGACUUGGCUGUGAUGGAAAGCAUGCAAAUGGCUCUUGAAAAUGUUGUCAUCUCUAUUUUUGAUGGAUCAAAUGAGUUUGCCGGGGGUAGUUCAGAAGUUCACCUGGCUUUAUGUAGAAUAUUUGAAGGUUUACUUCGGGAACUUCUUUCUUUGAAUUGGACUGAGCCAGCCCUCGUGGAAGUACUUGGCCACUAUCUAGAAGCAAUGGGUCCCUUCCUCAAGUAUUUUGCCGAUGCAGUUGCCAGUGUCAUCAAUAAGCUUUUUGAGCUCCUAAAUUCACUUCCUUUUAUUGUUAAGGAUCCUUCAACGAGAGGUGCACGACAUGCACGACAUGCAAGGUUGCAGAUUUGUACGUCAUUUAUUCGAAUAGCAAAAGCUGCUGAUAAAAGUAUUCUGCCUCAUAUGAAGGGUAUUGCUGAUAAGAUGGCAUGUUUGCAAAGAGAAGGUCGUUUGCUUCGUAGUGAACAUAAUCUUCUAGGUGAAGCAUUUCUUGUCAUGGCUUCUACUGCAGGGAUUCAACAGCAGCAAGAAGUUUUGGCGUGGUUACUUGAACCUUUGAGCCAACAGUGGAUACAGAUAGAGUGGCAAAAUUAGUACUUGUCUGAACCUCUUGGUCUAGUUGGUUUAUGCUCUGAGAAAGCACUUAAGAGGAGCGGAACAAGGAAAGGCAAUUCUAACUUACAGAACAGCUCAACAGCAAUUUCUACUCCACAUCCAUUAGCUUCUCAUCUGUCGUGGAUGCUUCCUCCUCUCUUAAAACUGCUUCGUGGUAUACAUUCCCUUUGGUCACCAUCUGUAUUCCAAAUGUUACCCGGAGAAAUCAAAGCGGCAAUGAGCAUGAGUGAUGUGGAGCAAUCCAGUCUUCUUGGUGGUGGGAACCCAAAAUUGUCAAAGGGUGCAUUAACUUUUGUAGAUGGAUCUCAGUUUGAUAUGAAUAAGGAAGGAUAUAUCAAACCAAACGAGGCUGACAUACAAAAUUGGCUAAAGGGUAUUCGAGACAGUGGGUACAAUGUAUUGGGCCUAUCUACAACCAUCGGGGAUCCGUUUUUCAAGUGCAUUGACAUUGAUUUUGUUUCUUUAACUCUAAUCGAAAAUAUACAGUCAAUGGAGUUCAGACAUACGCGGCUGCUUGUUCAUUCUAUUUUGAUUCCGCUAAUUAAGUCCUGUCCUCUGGACAUGUGGGAGGUGUGGCUUGAAAGGCUAUUGCACCCAUUAUUUAUUCAUUGUCAGCAAGCUCUAAGCUGUUCAUGGUCCAGUCUUUUGCACGAAGGCCGAGCAAAGGUCCCCGAUAAUCAUGGGAUUCUCACCGGGUCUGACUUGAAGGUGGAAGUAAUGGAGGAGAAACUGCUUCGAGAUUUAACUCGUGAGAUAUGUUCACUCCUCUCUACUAUAGCAUCACCUGGAUUAAAUGCCAGCCUUCCUUCGUUAGAACAUGCUGGCCAUGUUGGCCGUGUCGACACAUCUUCUCUGAAAGAUUUGGAUGCAUUUGCUUCGAGCUCUAUGGUCAAUUUCCUUUUAAAGCACAAGAGCCUGGCAAUUCCAGUGUUACAGAUUUCUUUAGAAGCAUUUUCUUGGACCGACAGUGAAGCAGUGACCAAAGUUUGUGCUUUCUCUGCUGCUGUAGUUCUUCUAGCUAUAUUUACGAAUAAUGUGGAUCUCAGGGAAUAUGUUUCAAGGGAUCUAUUUUCUGCUGUCAUUCAAGGUCUGGCCCUUGAGUCAAAUGCUGUUAUCAGUGCCGAUCUUGUUAGUCUUUCUCGUGACAUAUUCAUAUAUCUAUGUAACAGAGAUCCAGGCCCCAGGAAGAUUUUACUCUCCCUCCCAUGUAUUAGCCCCAAUGACUUACAUGCCUUUGAAGAAGCCUUGACAAAGACGGCUAGUCCGAAAGAACAAAAGCAGCUUAUGAAGAGCUUCCUUUUAUUAGCUACAGGGAACAACUUAAAGGCUCUUGCUGCUCAGAAAUGUGUAAACAUUAUAACAAAUGUCACAGAUAAGCCACGUAGUUCAGUCAAUGCUCCAGAAAAUAGAAUCGAUGAGGGGGAAACUGUAGGAUUGGCAGCUAUUUUGUGAAGGGUAUUUGGUUUUAGUACUGUACAGAAAGUUUAAUCCAGAAAAAGAAAGGCGAACAUCUUUUCGACAGACACAGUUAUACAGCGAGGUAUAGUGAAGCUCCAUUUUUGCUAUUUAAUAUAGAGGUUAUGCAAUCAAUUCAUCCACCGACUCUGUUGUUUCAAGUAGAAGUAUAUGGCAUUGCUCAUAUGAUGCUGCCACCAUUUAUGUUCUAAUAUUUCUUACAUCUUUUGGAUGAUUGUAGAUAUGGUGGUGGCAACCUUCGAAUCUUAUAUUCUUUUGUUUGUUUGAAUUUACGCAUGAUAAGAUUUGAAUUUUAAA